CUUGUCAGUGAUGGAAAGUCGGUGGCAGAAGCGCGGGGUGUCCGGUAAUCAAUUAGCGGAGAACUUUCACCGGUGAGCAGCCACACACAGCACAAGAGUUGGGCAUUUUGCUUGUUUGGAAGAUUAACGAUGGAGUGGCGCCAGCAGACCAGUGUCAGCUGUGCAGACGCGUUCAACGAGGCUCAACGCUGGAUUGAGGAAGUGACUGGAAAAUUGUUUGGUUGCAACGAUUUCCGUGCUGCCUUAGAGAAUGGAGUCCUGCUGUGCGACUUGAUCAACCAGUUGAAACCUGGCAUCAUUAAGAGAGUUAACAGGCUUUCUACUCCCAUCGCGGGCCUGGAUAAUGUGAACGUAUUCCUGAAAGCCUGUGGGAAACUGGGACUGAAUGUGUCUCAGCUGUUUCAUCCAGGAGACCUGCAGGACCUGUCCUCUCGUGCAACUGUCAGGCGAGAUGAAAGCAACAGAAGACUCAAAAAUGUUCUCAUCACAAUCUACUGGUUGGGUCGCAAGGCUCACCUUGAUGCAUUCUACAGUGGUCCUCAGCUGAACUUCAAGGCCUUUGAAGGGCUGUUAGGGUUGGCGUUGUCCAAGGCUCUAGAUGAGGGCAGUAAUGUGAAAGAGUGCUGGGACCCAGAGAGGGAGGAAUGUCAGCGCAUCAGACCGAGCUAUAAGAUGGCGAACUCUGCCGACGGCAUUGACUUCCUGUACUCCCGUGGUGUCCUCCCAAACAAUGAAAGUUGUGGAAGUGACGCGGAAGCUGAGCAGGUGUUCAAGAUGGAGCCCACACAGCCUUCAACCCAACAAAACAAGGCUUAUAUCCCACCGCCACUCCUACGGAGGAAACAAGGACGGGAAGAGAAUGAAAGGGGCUGCACUAGUCCACUCUCCAGAGCAUAUCAAAUGCAAGUCAGACCUGAGAGACCAGUUCAGGUCAACCCUGGCUGGAUUUGGAGCAAAUCACUCAGUGAUAUCCCGAUGGUAUACCCUGUGCGUAAAGUUCCUGAUGUGAACACCAUCUACGAUGUGGACCAGGACAGUGAAGCUCAGUGGCACGAUGACUUGUCAAAGUGGAAGAAUCGUCGCAGGAGCAGCAAGUCUGACCUCCGCAGGAAGUCGCAGGACCGAGAACAUGUCAUUAACCAGAUGGCCAAUGGAGCGCUGGCUAAAUUUGAGAAGAACGAAGCACAAGGCGGACUGCUAAAGAGAGACCAGCAGUUACCACGCAGGAAUUACCCUGCCCCUCGUCCUUACUCCACCUCUCCUUCAGCAAAAUCAUUGAGCUCUGAUCUCCGGCCACGUACUCGGGCUUUGCUGGCCCGCAGCUACACCACGGAGGCACCUUUCAGCCCCACGGCUCCACGUAGCCCCCACAAGUCAGCCUACACUCAGGGAUCAUCAGUUGGAGCCAUGCCUGCCUCUGAUGGGAUUGUCCUGGGAGAGGAGACCCACUUUGCCUCCUUGGCUUCAGAUGGAACAGGAGUUACCACCCCUUCUCUGGACUGCCCUUUCAGCUCCCAGACCCAAGUCAAAGUGCAGGGCAGCCCAGCUCCUUUGCAGCCCAGGGAUCUUACUGAAUCCAUGUCGAGUCACAAGGAACUUCCGUUCUGCCUUGAUCCAAAAGUUCCCACUUUCUGUCCUGGUGCUGUUAACCAGGCAGGAGUUGAUGCUCUGGAGGACUUGCCCCACCAGAACUACAAGUCCCAGGAAGAGAGCCAGAAGACAUCUUGGGAACCAGCUGUGGAGCAAGGCAGUGUCAAGCAGGGGGUCAACAAGUACUUGUUCAGAACUGCGUCAUGGUCCGGCUCAGCCAGCCUUCCUCGGGGUUACCGGAGGUCCGAGGGCUCGUCUCGUCUCUCUUCUGCAAUCACAGCCAGGCCCUUUGGGACCAAGCAGUCCAGGGUGUCCUCGCUGCCGAGACUGUGCAACCUUGACAACCAGGGUCUGUUGAAAAGUGAGCAAGAGGAAUCUCUUUCUCCAACUACCAAAUCUUCUCUCAAAAGACCAACUGUGACUGCCCAUCUGAAGGGUCAGCAGAAAAAAGCUAACCAGGCGAAACGGACUGGUACAGAACAGGGGGAGAAGGUGCAAGGUGCCACCGUCUCUGGGCCGACCUCCUUCCAGACCGAUGGCUACCACCAUCAGCCCUACACCCAAACCCAGCUACUACCGCAGCCAUAUUCAAACCUGCAGACCCACCACAACAAAAGCUUGACUCUCUCAUCUGAUGCAAGCAUUGACCUCCCAAAGGUGGCUCACAGCGACAUGAGAGUGAGCCUUGCUGUUAAACCCAACAGUAGAACAGACUUUGGUUUCCAGACUCAUUGGGACUCCACAGUGGUGAGAGUCAAAUUCAUUCAACCUGGCAGUCCAGCGGAGCUUUGCCAGCUGUGUGUGAACGAUGAGAUUGUGACUGUUAACGGAGUUGCUGUGGCACACAUGAACUACAACCAGUGGAAGGAUAAAAUGAUGUCUUCCCUUCAAACCGGCAGUCUAACAAUGGACAUUCGGCGCUAUGGGAACAAGGAUUGGAGCACCAGUGAGGGGAGUCAUCCUAACCAGUCAGGCCAGAACAGGGUGACCCUCAAUCUGACUGCCGCAGCGCCUGGCCUGAUAGGUUGCCCUGAUCACCAUGCCAACAGUGGUGCCUCUACAGAAACCGCAGUCAGGAACCUCAAUGGGCAGACAGACAAUGUUUUACAAGGUAAAGUCAUGCAUGGAGAGCUUUCUGACAACCACAGGACAGCCAGAAAUAAAGGAGGUUCAGAAUCUGCAAUAUCUGACCUCCAGGUGCCAUCCCUCAGCCCCUCCUCAUCCAGCUGGUCGUGGGACCGUGAGGAGGAUCGAAGGCGUCAGGAGAAGUGGCAGGAAGAGCAGGAGCGCCUCCUACAGAAGCAAUACCAGCGGGAUCAGGAGAGGCUUGAAUCAGAGUGGCAGAGAGCACAACAAGAUGCAAAGGGGGAGUUAUGCAGGAAGCCAGGGGCAAAACAGAACAGAUUCGAGAUGACCAAUGGUGUCGAGAGCCCUGCCAGCACCCUGCUCCAUGUGAAUGGACUGAAAAACAAAAACAGAGAAGAGCAGAGCCCCGACCGAGUUAAGCUGAAAGUAGCAGGUUCAAACCCUCAAAGUAAUGCAUCAGGAGAGCAGCAUGACAAGAUUUCGGGACAUGUCUGGGCUGAGGACUCCUGUGGCUUUGCUGAGCUGUCUCCUGCACACAGGGCAAAGUCCUUGUCUACCCCAGCAUUAGAUGGCCCCUACAAACAGACAAGAGGUGAUGAGAGAAAAGGACAAGGACAGUCUGUGUGCAAGGCUGAGAAAGACAGGCAGCAGAUUUUGGAGGAGAUGAAGAAAAGGACUCAGCUUCUGACUGACAACAGCUGGAUACGUCAGCGCAGCAGCAGCUUUUACAAGGAGCCAAUCUAUGUUGGGGUACCUAUGAAGAGGUUUGACUCUCUGGACGACCUGGAUACUUUGCGUCAGACCCCACUCUCAACCACUACAUUCAGUUACCCUCGCCCACACUCAGCUGCUGCAGGUUACAGUACUCCAAGUAGGAACUCCUCAUCCCGCUACAGCACUGGAUCGUUGUUAUCCCAGAGACAUGCAUUGGUCAAUUCUUCUCAUCAUGGCAGGAUGGUCUGUGGCAGGAGGACUUGCUGUGUGUGUGAGCGUGUCCUGGGUAGUGGGGCAGCCAUGGUCAUAGAGGCCCUUGGUCUCUGCUUUCACCUCGCCUGUUUCCAGUGUGUGGGCUGCCACCGACAUCUUGAAGGAACUGAGACUGGAGUCCAGGUUCGAAUCCGAAACAGGAAGCCCUACUGUGAGCCGUGCUAUUUCCAACUCAAGUCGGGUGCCCCAUCCAUGUGACCCAACAUGCCGUACUUGAGAUCACAGAGCAAGCAGACGAAUCACUGGGAACUCGUGUUGGAUAAAUCUGCGAGAACCCAGUGGAAACAUUGUCCACACAGCCAAGCCACGACUUUUGUCUCCAAACAGUAAUUGCAGAUUAAAACUCUGAUAUAAAAUCUGUGGAUCCACACGCAAAGCAGACUCUUAAUGGCUGUUUUUUUUUUGUUUUUUUAUCAAAUAUAGUUGACAGUUUGUCCGUUUUUCUGAUUUGUUUCCAAGAAAAUGUAGAUUUAAUAUAUGAAAUAAAGUAAUUAUGGGAAUUAUAUGAAAUAAAGUAAUUAUGGAAAUUGUUUGAUUAAUGCUUUUAUUUUAAUGUUAGUGUUGCUAUUUGUCAUAUCCUUGUUAUAUUUGAUAUUUGUUCAAUAGUGCAUUAAAGAUAUCAGAUCUUUCUUGUUAAUGUAGCCUAUUUAAAGUGAUGGUUCGGAGUAAUUUCACCCUAGGGUCCUUUGCACCAU